GGACUGUGCACUUAGACAUAAGAAAGUACCCCCACUAGCUCCACUUCUACUUCUCAAAAUGCCCAUGUUCUCUUCUUGAGGCGUCUCUCACGACCAAUACAGUCGGGCAAAGCUCAACGCCUAGUGAUCCUCGGGGGAACUGGAAAGCAGUAGCCUAGCCUAGUCUCCUCAGACAUGAACCGGCAUGGUAAACUUCUUUUGUAGGGUUAAAAUAUUCUCCAUAAAAGGAGCAAACGAGGAAGAGUUUCUCUAACAUUUGGAUCAUGGAAGGUUCGCACGAUCCACCAUUCCAAGAGCAGUACAAUAGCUUGUUCAACAAAUCACCAGAUACAGGUCCCAAGUACGCUAACGACUACGACCUUUUCAUCGUACAAGAGUGCGAGCUUCCGCUGAUCGAUCUUGCUCAGCUAAACUCGGGCGAGCUUGCCAGGGAGAGGUGCAAGAAGGAUAUAGCUAGAGCAUCCCAAGAAUGGGGUUUCUUCCAAGUAUUGAAUCAUGGGAUUUCUCGUGAGAUAUUGGACAAAAUGAGAUCAGAGCAAAUCAAGGCUUUCAAGAAACCAUUUCACGAGAAGAUGAACGAAAGUGGUUUCGGCCUCUUGGCCGGCAGUUACCGUUGGGGGACGCCUUCAGCUACUUGCCUGAAGCAGUUGGCUUGGUCGGAAGCUUUUCACGUACCUCUCAAUGCUAUCUCAGGUUUAGGUGGUCGCAAUAGUCUCAGCUCAACAAUGGAAAAAUUUGCCAAAACAAUGUCUGAGCUAGCACAUAAGCUAGCAGAGAUUUUGGCAGAAAAUAUGGGUCAUAAGUCGACAUUCUUCAGGCAAACAUGUUUGCCAAGCACCUGCUAUCUUCGAAUGAAUCGAUAUCCACCGUGUCCCAUAUCUCCUCGAGUGUACGGCUUGAUGCCUCACACCGAUAGCGAUUUCAUCACAGUACUGCACCAAGAUCAGAUUGGAGGAUUGCAAUUAGUGAAGGAUGGCAAGUGGAUUUCUGUUAAACCCAAUCCUGAAGCCUUAAUCAUCAAUAUUGGAGAUUUGUUUCAGGCAUGGAGCAAUGGUGUGUAUAAAAGUGUUGAACACAGGGUUGUGACCAAUAUGCUAAAGGAGAGGUAUUCCAUUGCAUUUUUCUUGUGUCCGUCCUAUGAAACUACAAUCAAGAGCUGCGUGGAUCCUUCAGUUUACAGAAAAUUUAGCUUUAGGGAGUACAGAGAUCAGGUUCAAGAGGACGUCAAAAAGUUCGGUUACAAAGUAGGUCUGACUAGAUUUCUCGUAUGAUUGUAACUACAAAUCUAGUCAAUCCAGUCAUAGAGUACUAUAUUUUUCUUGCUCAAGAAAGCCCAAGAAGAAAAGAAAGUAAAAAGAAGAAAAAAUCCUUAUAAUAUGCAAAGUGUGAGGUAAGAUAUUAGUGAGUAAGAAGUCCUUCAUUAUGUGCCUUGUUUGGGAGGUGUUAUGAGGUGGAAUUAAUUUCCUGCCUUCUUCUAUUAAAUGUACAAAGUUUUGCUCAUUAUAUAUCCUUCGUGCAUGUAAUUAAUGCUC